AUGACAAACUCUCUGCCUCAGUCUCUGCCUCAGUCUCUGCCUCAGUCUCUGCCUCAGUCUCUGCCUCAGUCUCUGCCUCAGUCUCUGCCCCAGUCUCUGCCUCAGUCUCUGCCCCAGUCUCUGCCUCAGUCUCUGCCCCAGUCUCUGCCUCAGUCUCUGCCCCAGUCUCUGCCUCAGUCUCUGCCUCAGUCUCUGCCCCAGUCUCUGCCCCAGUCUCUGCCCCAGUCUCUGCCUCAGUCUCUGCCUCAGUCUCUGCCUCAGUCUCUGCCUCAGUCUCUGCCUCAGUCUCUGCCUCAGUCUCUGCCCCAGUCUCUGCCUCAGUCUCUGCCUCAGUCUCUGCCUCAGUCUCUGCCUCAGUCUCUGCCCCAGUCUCUGCCUCAGUCUCUGCCUCAGUCUCUGCCUCAGUCUCUGCCUCAGUCUCUGCCUCAGUCUCUGCCCCAGUCUCUGCCUCAGUCUCUGCCUCAGUCUCUGCCUCAGUCUCUGCCUCAGUCUCUGCCUCAGUCUCUGCCUCAGUAUCUGCCCCAGUCUCUGCCUCAGUCUCUGCCUCAGUCUCUGCCUCAGUCUCUGCCUCAGUCUCUGCUCCAGUCUCUGCCUCAGUCUCUGCCUCAGUCUCUGCCUCAGUCUCUGCUUCAGUCUCUGCCCCAGUCUCUGCUCCAGUCUCUGCCUCAGUCUCUGCCCCAGUCUCUGCCUCAGUCUCUGCCUCAGUCUCUGCCUCAGUCUCUGCCUCAGUCUCUGCUUCAGUCUCUGCCUCAGUCUCUGCCCCAGUCUCUGCCUCAGUCUCUGCCUCAGUCUCUGCCUCAGUCUCUGCCUCAGUCUCUGCCCCAGUCUCUGCCCCAGUCUCUGCCCCAGUCUCUGCCUCAGUCUCUGCCUCAGUCUCUGCCUCAGUCUCUGCCUCAGUCUCUGCCUCAGUCUCUGCCUCAGUCUCUGCCCCAGUCUCUGCCUCAGUCUCUGCCUCAGUCUCUGCCUCAGUCUCUGCUUCAGUCUCUGCCUCAGUCUCUGCCUCAGUCUCUGCCCCAGUCUCUGCCUCAGUCUCUGCCUCAGUCUCUGCCUCAGUCUCUGCUUCAGUCUCUGCCUCAGUCUCUGCCCCAGUCUCUGCCCCAGUCUCUGCUUCAGUCUCUGCCUCAGUCUCUGCCUCAGUCUCUGCCUCAGUCUCUGCUUCAGUCUCUGCCUCAGUCUCUGCCUCAGUCUCUGCCUCAGUCUCUGCUUCAGUCUCUGCCUCAGUCUCUGCCCCAGUCUCUGCCCCAGUCUCUGCUUCAGUCUCUGCCUCAGUCUCUGCCUCAGUCUCUGCCCCAGUCUCUGCCUCAGUCUCUGCUUCAGUCUCUGCCUCAGUCUCUGCCUCAGUCUCUGCCCCAGUCUCUGCCUCAGUCUCUGCCUCAGUCUCUGCCUCAGUCUCUGCCUCGAUCUCUGCCCCAGUCUCUGCCUCAGUCUCUGCCUCAGUCUCUGCCUCAGUCUCUGCCUCAGUCUCUGCCUCGAUCUCUGCCUCAGUCUCUGCCUCGAUCUCUGCCUCAGUCUCUGCCUCAGUCUCUGCCUCAGUCUCUGCCUCAGUCUCUGCCUCAGUCUCUGCCUCGAUCUCUGCCUCAGUCUCUGCCUCAGUCUCUGCCUCAGUCUCUGCCUCAGUCUCUGCCUCAGUCUCUGCCUCAGUCUCUGCCUCAGUCUCUGCCUCAGUCUCUGCCUCAGUCUCUGCCUCGAUCUCUGCCUCAGUCUCUGCCUCGAUCUCUGCCUCAGUCUCUGCCUCAGUCUCUGCCUCGAUCUCUGCCUCAGUCUCUGCCUCGAUCUCUGCCUCAGUCUCUGCCUCAGUCUCUGCCUCAGUCUCUGCCUCAGUCUCUGCCCCAGUCUCUGCCCCAGUCUCUGCCUCAGUCUCUGCCUCAGUCUCUGCCUCAGUCUCUGCCUCAGUCUCUGCCUCAGUCUCUGCCUCAGUCUCUGCCUCAGUCUCUGCCUCAGUCUCUGCCUCAGUCUCUGCCUCAGUCUCUGCCUCAGUCUCUGCCUCAGUCUCUGCCCCAGUCUCCGCCCCAGUCUCUGCCCCAGUCUCUGCCUCAGUCUCUGCCUCAGUCUCUGCCUCAGUCUCUGCUCCAGUCUCUGCCCCAGUCUCUGCCUCAGUCUCUGCCCCAGUCUCUGCCUCAGUCUCUGCCCCAGUCUCUGCCCCAGUCUCUGCCCCAGUCUCUGCCCCAGUCUCUGCCUCAGUCUCUGCCUCAGUCUCUGCCCCAGUCUCUGCCCCAGUCUCUGCCCCAGUCUCUGCCUCAGUCUCUGCCUCAGUCUCUGCUUCAGUCUCUGCCUCAGUCUCUGCCUCAGUCUCUGCCUCAGUCUCUGCCCCAGUCUCUGCCUCAGUCUCUGCCCCAGUCUCUGCCCCAGUCUCUGCCUCAGUCUCUGCCUCAGUCUCUGCUCCAGUCUCUGCCUCAGUCUCUGCCUCAGUCUCUGCCCUCAGUCUCUGCCUCAUCUCUGCCUCAGUCUCUGCCUCAGUCUCUGCCUCAGUCUCUGCCCCAUCAGUCUCUGCCUCAGUCUCUGCCCCAGUCUCUGCCUCAGUCUCUGCCUCAGUCUCUGCCCAGUCUCUGCCCCAGUCUCUGCCCCAGUCUCUGCCCCAGUCUCUGCCCAUCUCUGCCUCAGUCUCUGCCUCAGUCUCUGCCCCAGUCUCUGCCUCAGUCUCUGCCUCAGUCUCUGCCUCAGUCUCUGCCCCAGUCUCUGCCUCAGUCUCUGCCUCAGUCUCUGCCUCAGUCUCUGCCCCAGUCUCUGCCUCAGUCUCUGCCUCAGUCUCUGCCUCAGUCUCUGCCCCAGUCUCUGCCUCAGUCUCUGCCUCAGUCUCUGCCUCAGUCUCUGCAUCAGUCUCUGCCCCAGUCUCUGCCCCAGUCUCUGCCUCAGUCUCUGCCUCAGUCUCUGCUCCAGUCUCUGCCUCAGUCUCUGCCUCAGUCUCUGCCUCAGUCUCUGCCCCAGUCUCUGCCUCAGUCUCUGCCUCAGUCUCUGCCUCAGUCUCUGCUUCAGUCUCUGCCUCAGUCUCUGCCUCAGUCUCUGCCCCAGUCUCUGCCUCAGUCUCUGCCUCAGUCUCUGCCUCAGUCUCUGCCCCAGUCUCUGCCUCAGUCUCUGCCCCAGUCUCUGCCUCAGUCUCUGCCUCAGUCUCUGCCCCAGUCUCUGCCCCAGUCUCUGCCCCAGUCUCUGCCCCAGUCUCUGCCUCAGUCUCUGCCUCAGUCUCUGCCCCAGUCUCUGCCUCAGUCUCUGCCUCAGUCUCUGCCUCAGUCUCUGCCCCAGUCUCUGCCUCAGUCUCUGCCUCAGUCUCUGCCUCAGUCUCUGCCCCAGUCUCUGCCUCAGUCUCUGCCUCAGUCUCUGCCCCAGUCUCUGCUUCAGUCUCUGCCUCAGUCUCUGCCUCAGUCUCUGCCUCAGUCUCUGCUUCAGUCUCUGCCUCAGUCUCUGCCUCAGUCUCUGCCCCAGUCUCUGCCUCAGUCUCUGCCCCAGUCUCUGCCCCAGUCUCUGCCCCAGUCUCUGCCUCAGUCUCUGCCUCAGUCUCUGCCUCAGUCUCUGCCUCAGUCUCUGCCCCAGUCUCUGCCUCAGUCUCUGCCUCAGUCUCUGCCCCAGUCUCUGCUUCAGUCUCUGCCUCAGUCUCUGCCUCAGUCUCUGCCUCAGUCUCUGCCUCAGUCUCUGCUUCAGUCUCUGCCUCAGUCUCUGCCUCAGUCUCUGCCUCAGUCUCUGCUUCAGUCUCUGUCUCUGUCUCUGCCUCAGUCUCUGCCCCAGUCUCUGCCCCAGUCUCUGCCCCAGUCUCUGCCCCAGUCUCUGCCUCAGUCUCUGCCUCAGUCUCUGCCCCAGUCUCUGCCCCAGUCUCUGCCUCAGUCUCUGCCUCAGUCUCUGCUUCAGUCUCUGCCUCAGUCUCUGCCUCAGUCUCUGCCUCAGUCUCUGCCUCAGUCUCUGCCUCAGUCUCUGCUUCAGUCUCUGCCUCAGUCUCUGCCUCAGUCUCUGCCCCAGUCUCUGCCUCAGUCUCUGCCUCAGUCUCUGCCUCAGUCUCUGCCCCAGUCUCUGCCUCAGUCUCUGCCCCAGUCUCUGCCUCAGUCUCUGCCUCAGUCUCUGCCCCAGUCUCUGCCCCAGUCUCUGCCCCAGUCUCUGCCUCAGUCUCUGCCUCAGUCUCUGCCCCAGUCUCUGCCUCAGUCUCUGCCUCAGUCUCUGCCUCAGUCUCUGCCCCAGUCUCUGCCUCAGUCUCUGCCUCAGUCUCUGCCUCAGUCUCUGCCCCAGUCUCUGCCUCAGUCUCUGCCUCAGUCUCUGCCUCAGUCUCUGCCCCAGUCUCUGCCUCAGUCUCUGCCUCAGUCUCUGCCUCAGUCUCUGCCUCAGUCUCUGCCCCAGUCUCUGCCCCAGUCUCUGCCAGCCUCAGUCUCUGCCUCAGUCUCUGCUCCAGUCUCUGCCUCAGUCUCUGCCUCAGUCUCUGCCCCAUCUCUGCCCCAGUCUCUGCCCCAGUCUCUGCCUCAGUCUCUGCCCCAGUCUCUGCCUCAGUCUCUGCCUCAGUCUCUGCCUCAGUCUCUGCCUCAGUCUCUGCCUCAGUCUCUGCUUCAGUCUCUGCUUCAGUCUCUGCCUCAGUCUCUGCCUCAGUCUCUGCCUCAGUCUCUGCCUCAGUCUCUGCCUCAGUCUCUGCCUCAGUCUCUGUCUUUGUCUCUGCCUCAGUCUCUGCCUCAGUCUCUGCCUCAGUCUCUGCCUCAGUCUCUGCUUCAGUCUCUGCCUCAGUCUCUGCUUCAGUCUCUGCCCCAGUCUCUGCCUCAGUCUCUGCUUCAGUCUCUGCCUCGAUCUCUGCCUCAGUCUCUGCCUCAGUCUCUGCCUCAGUCUCUGCCUCAGUCUCUGCCCCAGUCUCUGCCUCAGUCUCUGCCUCAGUCUCUGCCUCAGUCUCUGCCCCAGUCUCUGCCUCAGUCUCUGCCUCAGUCUCUGCCUCAGUCUCUGCCCCAGUCUCUGCCUCAGUCUCUGCCUCAGUCUCUGCCUCAGUCUCUGCCUCAGUCUCUGCCCCAGUCUCUGCCCCAGUCUCUGCCUCAGUCUCUGCCUCAGUCUCUGCUCCAGUCUCUGCCUCAGUCUCUGCCUCAGUCUCUGCCCCAGUCUCUGCCUCAGUCUCUGCCUCAGUCUCUGCCUCAGUCUCUGCUUCAGUCUCUGCCUCAGUCUCUGCCUCAGUCUCUGCCCCAUCUCUGCCCCAGUCUCUGCCUCAGUCUCUGCCCCAUCUCUGCCCAGUCUCUGCCUCAGUCUCUGCCUCAGUCUCUGCCUCAGUCUCUGCCUCAGUCUCUGCCUCAGUCUCUGCCUCAGUCUCUGCUUCAGUCUCUGCUUCAGUCUCUGCCUCAGUCUCUGCCUCAGUCUCUGCCUCAGUCUCUGCCUCAGUCUCUGCCUCAGUCUCUGUCUUUGUCUCUGCCUCAGUCUCUGCCUCAGUCUCUGCCUCAGUCUCUGCCUCAGUCUCUGCUUCAGUCUCUGCCUCAGUCUCUGCUUCAGUCUCUGCCCCAGUCUCUGCCCCAGUCUCUGCCCCAGUCUCUGCCCCAGUCUCUGCCCCAGUCUCUGCCCCAGUCUCUGCCCCAGUCUCUGCCUCAGUCUCUGCCCCAGUCUCUGCCUCAGUCUCUGCCUCAGUCUCUGCCUCAGUCUCUGCCUCAGUCUCUGCCUCAGUCUCUGCUUCAGUCUCUGCUUCAGUCUCUGCCUCAGUCUCUGCCUCAGUCUCUGCCUCAGUCUCUGCCUCAGUCUCUGCCUCAGUCUCUGUCUUUGUCUCUGCCUCAGUCUCUGCCUCAGUCUCUGCCUCAGUCUCUGCCUCAGUCUCUGCUUCAGUCUCUGCCUCAGUCUCUGCCUCAGUCUCUGCCUCAGUCUCUGCCUCAGUCUCUGCCCCAGUCUCUGCUUCAGUCUCUGCCCCAGUCUCUGCCUCAGUCUCUGCCUCAGUCUCUGCCUCAGUCUCUGCCUCAGUCUCUGCUUCAGUCUCUGCUUCAGUCUCUGCCCCAGUCUCUGCCCCAGUCUCUGCCCCAGUCUCUGCCUCAGUCUCUGCCCCAGUCUCUGCCUCAGUCUCUGCCUCAGUCUCUGCUUCAGUCUCUGCCUCAGUCUCUGCCUCAGUCUCUGCCUCAGUCUCUGCCCCAGUCUCUGCCUCAGUCUCUGCCCCAGUCUCUGCCUCAGUCUCUGCCUCAGUCUCUGCCUCAGUCUCUGCUUCAGUCUCUGCCUCAGUCUCUGUCUCAGUCUCAGGGAACUUGUCUGUUGGUAUCUGUAUAUCCACCAUGUCUCUAA